AUUUGUUUGUUAAUAUAUAGAUACAUAAACGAUUUCAAUUAUUAUAUUUAAACAAAAACUGAGUUACGAAAAUAGUACCAGCUUCAUUUACAUUAUUUUGACAACCAGCAAGAUGGCGGACACUGGACUGAUGAAAAAUAAUUGCAUGUCAAAUCAAGCCAUCAAAUCAUUGCUGGAGAAAUGCGGCAUCAAAAAAGAUAAAGAUGUGGAAGAGCUGUAUUUAUCAAAUCAAGAUCUUUCAGAAGUUGUUGAUUUAACCAGAUUUAAAUUCUUGAAGAUAUUAUGGUUGAAUGCAAAUAAGCUCAGAAGUAUUAAUUGUUUGACAAACAACUUCCUGUUGAAAGAACUCCAUCUAGAGAACAAUCAGCUAACAACAAUCUGUGGAAAGUUACGACAUCUAACUUGUCUUGAGGUUCUAAUGUUACAUAACAAUCAACUCACUAAACUAGAGAGAGUCGCUAAAGAAUUCAACAAAAUGCAAACUUUACACACACUUAACCUAUUUGACAAUCCAGUUUCUCAGGAACCAGGUUACCGACUGUUAUUAAUUCAUACAGUUCCCUCGUUAAGACUGCUGGAUAGACAAGAGGUAGGGAAGACAGAAACAGAUCAAGCCAGGAGAGUUUACGACCAGGAACAAGAAAAGAUAAGGGAGACAAUCGCAUUUGGUAGACGAUCAGAAGGACCCCCAGAGUUAUAUUACCCCACAGGUCUAGAAAGAUCACGAACCACAGAUAUAGAAUCCAAACAUAUAGGAAACAGUUACUUGAGAGACAAUCCUCCAUAUGACAACACAGAAGAAGCAGUAAAUGCUAGACGAUUAAAGAAGUCAGUCACUGUUUUUACCACAUUCGAUUGGUCGAAAAUACCACGAUAUGAAGAAAGACGACAGAUGGACAAACCUUUUGAUUCGCCAGAAAUCAUAACACAUGUUUAUCGUUAAUUCAUUAUCUGUUAUCAUUUUUUUUAAACUGUGAUAAAUAUAAAAGUAUUAGAAUUUAUUUGUGAUAAUUGACGAAGUAUUAGAAUUCAUUGGUGAUAACUUAAGAUGUAUUAGAAAUUCAUAGAGUAUUAAAAAAAAAAAGUAUUAGAAAAUAAUUCUUUUUAGUAUCAAAACAUUUUUUUUAGCUUCAAAUAUAUCAGUAUUUCAUGGACAUGUUUUAUAAGUGCUAUUUAUUGGUGUAACUAAAGAGAAGAUUGCAAUUGAAUUUGUUUAUGUUACAGGGAAUGUUUUGAUAUUGCUGUCAAUAUACUAUAUAUAUAUAGAAAUAUGAUAUUGUCAGAUAGAAAAUAGGGGCCAUCUCAAAGGUAGUUGGUAGCAGAGGUCUAAAUUACAAACAUUGGAAUUUUUCAUAGGGGUAUUGGAAAAUAUCAUGCAGGCUACUUUUUAUGACUGAUUUCAUUUAAAGAUUCAUGAUUUCAUGAGUUUAAUUGUAAAACCAAUUAUUUGAUUUAAUGAAUGUUUCAGUGCAACACAUGUAUAUUGACCACUGCCAUCAUUAUGGAUGAAAAUAAUUUGAUUAUAUGACUGGUCAUCUCUGCUUAAUGGAACUGAUUUCAAUAAAACAUAACUAUACAGUGUUCAUUUAUUCAGUUUUUUAUGGCAAAUCAGUAUAAAAGAUCGUUUCAUGGUAUUACAUUUUUAAAAGAUGGUGUUGAUCACCACAUAUUAUAUACUUUUUGUACCAUCUACAUAUUAUUCUACUGUGGGUAGUUGUAGUUAGAGCUAUUAUUUACCAACUGAUAAUAACAGCUUUGUAUUUUUUUACUUGUCUUUGACUAUCAUUAUAAUAAUUUUAAACGUUGAAAUAUAAGAAGUGUGGUAUGUUAAUCAGAUUUUUUUGAUUUGAUACCAAAUUAAGUUAGGAGUUAUCUCCCUUUACUGCUACUUUCUUAAAAAUCCAUAAAAGAAUCCUUACUAUCAGAAUUUGGUCUUACCAAACAUCUUAUUUUACUUUAAUUCGUUUAGUACAUGUCAGAUGAUAAACUAUAUUUUUCAAAGAAAAAAACGACUGAUAGAAAAGUGAUUUAUAUUGCACAUUUAUUUUUUUAUUAUAAAAAUAGAAAUUUUAAAACUUCAGACACAAUCAUAACAAACAAUCAAGUGAAUUUCUGCUUUAUUUCCGGCAGAUUGACAUUACUAGUAUUAUACAAUACCAACUGUUUUCUUCAAUAAAUCCUAUUUCUGAAAUUGUCAGAUUCUAGUUUGAUGUAUGCAGAACUAUUCACUUCAUUUCUUAUAAUUAUUAUUUUCCUGUCCAAUUAUCCAACACAAAGUUUAGUCAGAUUUGUAUAUGAUCUCAUUUACAUACUAUAAUAAUACAUAAUAUGCAAACAGUCAAAUGUAAUUACUGAUGUUCUUUAACAGUCCUGUCUUUGUUAAUUUAAUAUUUGAGAUGGGUAGGUUCUUGGUCUGUUUUUAAGUCAAAACUGGGGACAAAUAAAUUAUUGUUAUUUUAGUAGAACAGUUGUUUUCAAGGCAGUACCCAUACAAUAAUAAUUAACUUAUUUUUGAUCGAUUUCUUGAAUAUACCACUUUUUAGGCCUAAAAAUAGAAGAUGACUUUAAAGAAGUAUCAUCUCCAUAUUUUUUAUGUUAUUUUAUUCCAUUGGUGAAAGCCAUGUUAAUUAUGUAUUGACAUUGGAUGUUGGAUUUUUAUGUUUUUGUUUUUGUUUGCACUAGUUUUGUAAAAUGACAUUCCAUAAAUUUAUUUUUGUUGACAUUUUUUAAGCAAUACAUAUUGCAUUUAUUACGAAUAAUA